AUGGGCAGAUGUUUCGCGGCCGGGUACCGCCUUGAGACAAAUCUCCCUGCCUUGUUGCCGCGUUGGUGGCUUGCAAAUUGCAAUCCUAACCCCCAACACUCGCGCGCGCGCAGCAAAGAAAAUGGUUACAUCUGCGGCUUGGUGAUUGUCCUCCCCCCCACCUUCUUGUCGCACAGGUCGCCGUGUCUCGCACACCCUUUUGACUCGGUCCAAAGAUACGGGAUCUUACGGGAGCGUAUGUUGACGUGCGGCGCAGCCAUGAUACGCGGCAGUAGGAUCCCCGUCUUUGAAGCCUGAACUGUGGGAUGGCUUGUCUUGCCACGCGUGGGCUGUGGAGGACAUCGGAGGGAUGCCGGAACCUUGGGAACAUAAACGCUACAGGCUGGGCUAAAGGAUUGUGUCUGUGUUGGAUCAACUUGAUAAGGGUAGGAUGACUACGGGAUUUUAAUAUUCGUUUUCUGCAGCUGUUGAGUGUAGUUCGACUGCCAUCUCACUCGUGUCACUCUGUACGU